CAUCAGUUAACUCAACGCUUUCCUCGGCUUCGUGAAGUUCAGUUUUCGUCCCCCCAAAGCAAGAAACUUCCAGCAAUGAAGAUCUUCGUGUGUAUCCUGGCUGCUUUGGUCGCCACCAGCGCGGCUGGCUUUAUUGGAGGCGGCUCCGGCGGUGGCCGUGGUGGAGGCUACAGCUAUGGCGUUGGCGGUGGUGGCCAUCAGGAGGUGAAGACCAUCAAGGUCAUCCACCAGGAGGGCGGCGGCUACUCAGGCGGUGGACAUGGCGGCGGCUAUUCCGGCGGCCAUCAGGAGGUGAAGACCAUCAAGGUCAUCCACCAAGAGAGCGGCGGACAUGGACAUGGCGGCGGCUACUCCGGAGGACAUGGCGGCGGCUACUCCGGCGGACAUGAGGAGAUCAAGACCGUCAAAGUCAUCCAUGAGGAGGGCCAUGACCUGGGCGGCGGUGGAGGGUAUGCCGGCUUACACGAUCACGGCUACGGCGGACAUGGACAUGGACAUGAGGAAGUGAAAACCAUCAAGGUUAUCCAUCAGGAGGGCGGCACACAUGGACACGGCGGUCAUUACUCCGGCGGACACCAGGAGUUGAAGACUGUUAAGGUCAUUCACCAGGAGGCGGGUGGUCACGGCGGUUUCUCCGGCGGGCAUGGCGGUGGCUAUUUCGGAGGACACGGUGGUGGCUACUCUGGUGGACACCAGGAGAUCAAGACUGUGAAGGUGAUCCAUGAAGAAGGCCACGUUCUCGGUGGCGGCGGUGGCUAUUCCGGCGGACUUGACCACGGAUAUGGCGGACAUGGACAUGGAAACGGACACGAGGAGGUAAAGACCAUACAGGUGAUCCACGAAGAAGGCGGUCAUAGCCAUAAUCAUGGCCACUCCCACGGAGGUUUUGCUGGCGGUCACGAGGAGAUUAAGACCAUCCAGGUGAUCCACGAAGAAGGCCACCCACAAGGACACGGUGCGGCUCCUUUGAGCAACGAGUACCUGCCACCUGUGUUGUCGGAACCCCAGCCCGGCUACCUGCCCCCAUCCGGUGGCUGGAAAUAAAUCUCUCCCCCGGGCAAUUGUUAUGUGCUUGUCCCCAGAUUCCCCUUCCCUACUCCCUCCCGCACCACUCUGUUAAGUAGCUUUAGACAUUUUUUUCUUCACAUUUGCUAUUUUUUUUUACUGUUUUACGAAUAUUCAUUGUACCUCUCACUUUAGUUGU